AGCUUCUUCGUCCUACAAAUGCUAAUGAUUAGAUUUUUUUAAAUCGUUGUUUGCCACCCUUUCUUCCCGCCCCCCAUCCCCUUCGGGCCGCUCCGGCAGGGCCAAGGGCGCCGCGGGACUCGCGAGCUCCUCUCUGCGCUGGCUGCAGCGGCGAUGCCGGGCAUGCCUGGCCCGGCCGGGCCGGGUCCAGGGCGGCCUCGCUGCCGGGGCAGGGACCUCGCAGGCCGGCGCGCAGAGGCGAGGAGCCCUCCCGGCGCCAUCGACUCACCUACCCGCGGAGAGGCGACGGCGCGCGCCGCUCACCAGCCCGGGGCCCAGAUCCGAGAAGGAGGGGCAGCGGCGCGGGGACCCGGUGGCGGGUGGCGUAAGGAGGAAAACGUAUUACCUAAGCAGGGGAUGCGGACAGAGCAGGAGGCAGCAGCCUUUCCCUCGAGAAACGGAAGCGGCGGGGGAGGAGAGCAGGAGGAGUGGGAGGAGGAGGCGCGGCCCGGGCGCGAGGUUAGGCUAGGGGUGCUGGGCUUGCGGCCGCACGCGUGGCCAGAGGACGAGGGCUGGAGAGGACGGCGGAGGUCACGCGAGCGAAGCCGAAGCCCGGGCGACGCGCUGUCCCGCUCGGCUCGGCACCGGAUCGGAGCUCUGCCUGAGCCAGGCCUCCGCCUCCGGCUUUCCCGCGGCACCGCAGCGUGGAAACGCCCGCUGCCGCCUCGGGGCUCCUGGGACGCGCGGGCCCCCCACGCCUGCCCGAGCCGGGCGUCCGCGACGUCACAAGUGGAGCGCGAUGAUUCAGAGGGAGGGCCAAGAAGGGAAGGGCUCUGGGGUCCGCUCGGCCACGGCUGCUGUUUCCUUGUCGCCGCCCACGAAUUCACUUUUAAAUCUUCCUCCUCCAUUCGUCUGUACUCUCAUAGGGGACUGCGGGUUUGACAGAUGGGUUGGCAGCUGUGAAGAUGGACUUCCUGCCAGUGGUAUCCGGGUCCCACUGUUCUAAUGGAAAUGCCGGGUGUACUGGAUGUUCCUCAAGCCACAGCAGUGUCUCUGGGCCUUACGGCUUAAGAAGUGGGCCUCGGGUCACCCGGACAGGAAGCGCAUCAAAGGUAGGAAAGGAUGAUAUUACAAGGCUCAAAAUGGGGGUAAACAGAAGAGGCUGCUCCUGCAGAAGGCGAAUGGGCCCUUGCACCUGGAGGACUGAGAAGACUCGUGCUGUGUCUGCAUCCCUGUCAUUCGUUUCAUGGCAUCCAGUUGGGAAGCUCUGCUUAAAGCUCUAUCUGGCACCUUUUCUUAGCUACAUUUUUCCACACUAGCUGAGACUGCCUCACUGAGUUGUCAACACUUGGUCCUCUUCAGCAGUCAGGAACCACCAAGACACGAGGCUGGGGCAGUACUCAACUUGGCAAACUCCAGGAAAUGGUGCUUAAAACGUUUGGCUUCUUGAAUGGAACUCAUGGUACUGCUCCCAGCCUGCUCCUAGGGUCUCCAACUUGACACAGUUUCUCCCCGCAUCCUCCCCAGCUUCUCGGGCUUUCACUCCCUAGCAAGUGGGCUGCUUCUACUUUCUUUCUCACAUUCAUUUCUUAGGUCCAUUCUCAGAGCUGGUUAGGGUUACUGUUUAAUUAGCCUCAUAAUCAUAUCUAUGAUGGCAAAAUCAAGAAACAAUUUAAACAUGAUUCUUAAAAGUAAGGAGAUAAAUACCAGAGACAUAGACUGUGAAAGAAUUUGCCUCUAGGAAGCAGGAAUUUAAAUUUGGGGAAGGCAGGGUGGAGCAAGGGAUAUGAAUCUAGUACAUUUUCUUUUCUUUUCUUUUUUUUUUUUUUUUUUUUUUUUUU